AUGACUACCGAAGGUUCCAGAGAGACAUACGGUGCAGGAGCCACUGUCGACCAAAAAUUCAUUCCACUUCCAGCAGAGUGUGAAAGAAUACUACGCAUCUUUGCCGCAAGAACACCCGGGUUCACCAACGAUGAAGCUCUCCUCAGAGGGGUAAACUUCCACGGCGAUGCUCUUCCCUGCAUCCCGGGACCAAUAAAAUCCCAAGCACUCACAGCAGUGCUACACGCAAUGGUGGGUAUAGUCGGUCUCGAGAUCCUUCACCUACGCGGAAUCACUGCCAGCACCAAAACAAGCAUCGACGUCAACCAUGCUGGCCUCUACCCCGCUACUGCAGCGCUUGUCAAUAUUGACGGCGUCACAGGCCCAGAGGUCAUCAAGUUGCCGACUGUACCUCAGUGGGACAAGGACCGUGCCUCUAACUCGCCGCUUGUGUACCGUGCAACGGCUAUCUAUGAGACUGCCGAUAAAAGCACAUGGUUCCAACUCCACGGCUCGCUUGAUUCGUGGAAAAUGCUGGCUGUUAUUGGUAUCAGUAAAGAUCUCGAUAGUGAGAUUCGUACCAACGAUGCUGCAUAUGAGCUUAUUCAGGAGCGUGUUCGUACUUAUCGCGCCCGAGAGAUUGAGCAGCUCAUGGUUGAGAAAGGGCUCUCAGGCUCUAUUGUCUAUUCGCCUGAAGAAUGGCGUCAAACUGAGAUGGGCAAGUCUCUCUCACGACAUCCCCUCAUCAAUUACAAGCAACAGACCCAGUGUGCAGCGCUGCCGCCUGUAUGUUUGCCCGUGCUGGAGGAUAAGAGACCUCUUGCUGGUAUCAAAGUUGUCGAGUUGACACGCAUCAUAGCCGGUGCAGCUGCUGGAGCUGCCCUCGCAUCUCUAGGCGCUGAGGUAAUUCGCGUCAACUCGUCCAAACUCAAAGAUUACACACCAGCUCAACCUUCUUCCUUGAUGGCUGGCAAGGCAACCAUCGACCUUGAUCUUGAAGACCCAGCUGACCAUGAGAAGCUGAUGCAACUAUUCGAACAAGCCGAUGUUAUCUUGCAGGGCUACCGUUUAGGUUCCUUGGGUCGUCGAGGCUUCGGUCUUAAAACUGCCCUUGAACUGGCAAACAAACGAGGAAAAGGAAUCGUCUACGUUGAUGAGAACUGUUAUGGUCCUGAUGGUUACUAUGCUGAACGACCUGGGUGGCAACAAGUUGCAGAUGCCGCAGCCGGAAGCUCAUAUGUCAUGGGUCAGUCAUUUGGCUGUCCCAAAGGCCAAGGUGUUCUCCCUAGUCUGCCCAUCUCAGACAUGUCAACGGGAAUCCUAACUGCCCUAACCAUUAUAUGUGGUAUCCGAGACCGAACCAAGUUUGGGGGAUCAUAUCAUGGCCAUGCCUCACUCACAGCUUAUAACAUGGCGACUCUGGAUCCUGAAGUGCGGCUGUAUCAAAGGGAGGUAGUUCAGAAGAUCAACGACAAGUAUCAAUUUCCAACUUGGUCGAGUGAUGUGCACGUUGCACCUCUGUACUAUUCCAUCUUAGAUGCUUGGGGGAAGAAUAGCGAGCUUAUCAAGGAUGAGAAGUACUAUGUCCACUUCUUGGAUUCCGUCUUCGGGUCUGACUUGCGCGUUCUUGGACCGGUGGUGCGGUAUGAUAAGGAGGACUACUCGCCAAAGUGGAACAGUCCGCCUGUGCCAUUCUGUCAUCAUGAGUUCAGAUCUUUCUCAGAUGAUUGA